AUGAGUAACUCAAAUCCUAUUUAUCUUAAAAGUCUACUAAUUGGAAAUUCACAAGAUGUAAAACAACGAAUGAUGAAGUUGACAGGAAAUUCAACAAAGUUGUUAAAAAUUGGUGUUAAUUUUAAAUUUGUUACAACUAUUAUUGAUCGUGUUCUUAUUAAAAUGCAAGUAUGGGAUAUUGCUGGUCAAGAAAGAUUUAGAACAAUCACUGAAUCAUUUAUUUCAAAUGCACACAUUAUUUACUUUGUAUACAAUAUAAUUGAUGCAUCAACAUUUAGAUUUAUUCAAACAACCCUUGAGCAAGUAAAUCAAAGAAUUGGUUGUAAUUCAAUGGGAGUUCUUGUUGGAUUCGGAUGUGAAGAACAAAGGGAAGUUAGUAAUGAAGAAAUUAUGGAACUUUCUUUAAAAUAUCAAAUCAAACACUAUGAAUUUGAUUUAAGUGAUGAUUCUCAAUUAUUUGAUCUUUAUUUCAAAACAAUUAAUCAAUUUAUCACUGAAAAUCCAUCCAAAUUUGAAACUCAGACAAUUCAAUCUGAAAAUCAGCAUUCAUCAAACAAAUGUGUUGUUGUUUGA